AUGAAGCGCAGCCUGAGGAAGAUUUUGCGCCCUGGCGAGCAGAAGGAGCCCCAAGACUAUGCCUACCAGGGCGUGCAGGACGACAUGGACGGCUGCAAGGAGUCGCUUAAGGUGGUUUUUGAAGGAAAUGCGUGUAGGUUACAAAACUUUAUCCAGAAACAAAAGAGAUUAAAUGGCAAAUAUGAUACAAAUGCCUCCUCUUUGCAUCAUGCUGCAGCUGAAGGUCAAGUUGAGCUGAUGAACAUGAUCAUCAAUGAUUCCUCUUGUGAAGUGCUGAAUGUAAUGGAUGAUUACGGGAAUACCCCUCUGCACUGGGCUGCAGAAAAAAACCAGGUCGAAAGCGUUAAGUUUCUUCUCAGCAAAGGAGCAAACCCGAACCUUCGAAACUUCGCCAUGAUGGCGGCCCUCCACGUGGCUGUGCAGGCUAUGCACAACGAGGUGGUCAAGGUCUUGACUGAGCAUAGCAGUACUAAUGUUAAUUUGGAAGGAGAAAAUGGAAACACAGCUGUGCUAAUGGCAUGCACCAAAGAUAACAGUGAAGCACUGCAAAUUUUGUUUAACAAAGGAGCUAGGUCAUGUAAACCAAAUAAAUGGGGAUGCUUCCCUGUUCACCAGGCUGCAUUUUCAGGUGCCAAAAAAUGCAUGGAAAUAAUACUGAAGUUUGGUGAAGAACAUGGAUACAACCGAGAGUUUCACAUUAACUUUGUGAAUAAUGGGAAAGCCAGCCCGCUCCACAUGGCCGUUCAAAGUGGCGACUUGGAAAUGAUCAAAAUGUGCCUGGACAAUGGUGCACACAUAGACCUGAUGGAGAAGGGGAGGUGUAUGGCCCUUCAUUUUGCUGCCACCCAGGGAGCCACUGAGAUUGUUAAACUGAUGAUAUCGUCCUAUUCUGGUAGCACCGAUAUCGUUAAUGCAGUUGAUGGAAAUCAGGAGACCCUGCUGCACAGAGCCUCGUUAUUUGAUCACCAUGAACUAGCAGACUACUUAAUUUCAGCGGGAGCAGAUAUUAAUAGUAUCGAUUCUGAAGGACGCUCUCCACUUAUAUUAGCAACUGCUUCUGCAUCUUGGAAUAUUGUAAAUUUGCUACUCUCUAAAGGUGCCCGUGUAGACAUAAAAGAUCAUUAUGGGCGUAAUUUUUUGCAUUUGACUGUACAGCAACCUCAUGGAUUAAAAAAUUUGCAACCUGAGUUUCUGCAGAUGCAGCCUAUUAAAGAUCUGGUAAUGGAUGAAGACAAUGACGGGUGUACUCCUCUACAUUAUGCAUGUAGAGAGGGGGUCCCUGUCUCUGUAAAUAAUCUACUUGACUUUAAUGUGUCCAUUCAUUCCAAAAGCAAAGAUAAGAAAUCACCCCUGCAUUUUGCAGCCAGUUAUGGGCGUAUCAAUACCUGUCAGAGGCUCCUACAAGAUAUCAGCGAUACAAGGCUUUUGAAUGAAGGUGAUCUUCAUGGAAUGACUCCUCUCCACCUGGCAGCAAAAAAUGGACAUGAUAAAGUAGUUCAACUUCUUCUGAAAAAAGGUGCAUUAUUUCUCAGUGACCACAAUGGCUGGACUGCUUUGCACCACGCGGCCAUGGGCGGGUACACCCAGACCAUGAAGGUCAUUCUUGAUACUAACUUGAAGUGCACAGAUCGGCUAGAUGAAGAAGGGAACACCGCGCUUCACUUUGCUGCGAGGGAAGGCCAGGCCAAAGCCGUUGGGCUGCUUCUGAGCCGCGAUGCUGACAUAGUCCUGAACAAGCAGGACGCCUCAUUUUUGCACCUUGCAUUCCACAAUAAGAGGAAGGAGGUGGUUCUUACAGCCAUCAGGAGCAAAAGAUGGGAUGAAUGUCUUAAAGUUUUUAGUCAUUGUUCUUCAGGCAAUAAAUGUCCGAUCACAGAAAUGAUAGAAUACCUUCCGGAAUGCAUGAAAGUUCUUUUAGAUUUCUGCAUGUUGCAUUCCACAGAGGACAAGUCCUGUCUAGACUACCAUAUUGAAUAUAAUUUCAGAUAUCUUCAAUGUCCUUUAGAAUUCACCAAAAAAGUAAGACCUACACAGGAUGUUACAUAUGAGCCUCUUACAGCCCUAAAUGCAAUGGUACAAUAUAACCGCAUAGAGCUUCUCAAUCAUCCUGUGUGUAAAGAAUACUUACUUAUGAAAUGGUUGGCUUAUGGAUUUAGAGCCCACAUGAUGAACCUAGGAUCUUACUGUCUUGGUCUCAUACCCAUGACUCUUCUUGUUAUGCAUAUAAAGCCAGGAAUGGCUUUCAACUCAACUGGAAUCAUCAAUGAAACUAGCGAUCAUUUAGAAAUAUUAGACACCACGAAUUCAUAUCCAAUAAAAGUUUGUAUGAUUUUAGUGUUUUUAUCAAGUAUAUUUGGGUACUUCAAAGAAGUGGCCCAAAUUUUCCAACAGAAAUGUAAUUACUUUCGGGAUACUAAUAAUCUCAUUGAAUGGAUUAUCUACACAGCAAGCAUCAUUUUUGUGCUGCCCUUGUUUGCUAAUAUACCAGCUUUAAUGCAGUGGCAAUGUGGAGCAAUUGCUGUAUUCUUCUACUGGAUGAACUUCUUGUUGUAUCUUCAAAGAUUUGAAAAUUGUGGAAUUUUCAUUGUUAUGUUGGAAGUAAUUUUGAAAACUUUGUUGAGAUCUACAGUUGUAUUUAUUUUCCUUUUUGUGGCUUUUGGACUCAGCUUUUAUGUCCUCCUGGGUAUACAGGAUACCUUCAGCUCUCCGUGGCUAGCCAUGAUGCAGACCUUCAGCAUGAUGCUGGGAGACAUCAAUUACCAAGAUGCCUUCCUAGAACCGUAUUUGAGAAAUGAAUUGACAUAUCCAUUUCUGUCCUUUGUGCAACUUAUCGCCUUCACGAUACUUGUCCCAAUUGUCCUCAUGAAUUUACUUAUUGGUUUGGCAGUUGGUGACAUCGCUGAGGUCCAGAAACAUGCAUCAUUGAAGAGAAUCGCUAUGCAGGUGGAACUUCAUACCAGCUUAGAGAAGAAGCUGCCACGCUGGUUCCUACGCAAAGUGGAUCAGAAAUCCACCAUUGUCUAUCCCAACAAACCCAGAUCUACUGGGAGGUUAUUUAAUUUAUUUUGUUAUUUGUUUUACAACCAAGAAAAGAGACAAGAAACACCAAAUACUGAUACAUCUUUGGAAAUGGAAAUACUGAAACAGAAAUACCGGCUGAAGGAUCUCACUGUUCUUCUGGAAAAACAGCAUGAGCUAAUUAAACUCAUCAUUCAGAAAAUGGAGAUCAUCUCUGAGGCAGAGGAUGAAGAUAACCAUUGUUCUUUUCAAGACAAGUUUAAGAAAGAGCAGCUGGAACAAAGGAAUAGCAAAUGGAAUUGUGUGUUGAAAGCAGUCAAGGCAAAAACACACCAGCCUGGAGCACCAGUUACCAACAGCUUUCAUGGGGCUUCCAAUGGGGGGUUUCCAUGACCUGCUGGUUCUAAUUUCCAAUUCGAAAAGAAUGAGAAAGAAAUAGAAAUCUGAUUGAUUUCACUACAUGUGAAGUUGGGGUUCCUGAAUUCUAUAUAAAAGUUUAAACCUUCUUUUUCUCUGUUUCCAUAUUUCCUGCCAAUCACUAUGUAUUGGGAAUAUCCUUGCAGAUAUAUUCAAGUUGGACUUUAAUGAGAGGUAGCCUUUUUAUUUGAAUGGGUAGAA